AUGUCUUCAUCACUUGCUCAAUACGGCAAAAAGCAUAUUGCCAGAGGUAUCAGCCGCAGCACAGAGCUAGUUAUCAAAAAGGCCAAAGGUGCCUAUGUCUAUACAGCAGAAGGCGACAAGUACUUUGAUUUGACAACCGGCAUCGGCGUCGUCAACACAGGACACGCUCACCCGACGGUGGUCAAGGCCGUGCAAGAACAAGCAGCAGAAGUAUCGCAUGUCCAAGUCAAUAUUGCUUUCCAUGAGCCUAUGAUUAAGCUGAUUGAGAAGCUAAAGCCCCGUAUGCCAUCCUCAUCUCUUGAUACAUUUUUCUUUUGGAACUCGGGCUCAGAAGCUGUAGAGGCGGCAAUAAAGCUAGCGCGUCAUGCGACCGAACGCCAGAACGUAAUCGUGUUUCAAGGCUCGUACCACGGAAGAACAUUUGGCACCAUGGCCAUGACUACGUCCAAGACAAUUUACGGUGCUGGGUAUGGACCCUUGAUGCCCGGUGUGUUCAUGGCACCGUUUCCGUACUGUAAGCAAUGGUCGGCUCACAAAGCCGACCCUGUCCAAUUUGACGAGAACUGGUGUGCAGAAGAAGCAUUACGCGGACUUGAGCUUGUGCUGAAGCAGCAAACAGCGCCCAAGGAUACAGCAGCGAUGAUUCUUGAACCUGUACAAGGUGAAGGCGGUUAUGUCGUUCCACCGAAAGCAUUCAUCCAAGGCCUGCGGGAAAUUUGCGACAAGCACGAUAUUCUGUUUAUUGCCGACGAAGUCCAAAGCGGGUAUGGUCGCACCGGCAAAAUGUUUGCCAUUGAGCACUUUGGUGUCACUCCUGAUAUCAUGGUGAUGGCCAAGGGCAUUGCUUCCGGUUAUCCAUUAUCCGCCAUCGUGUCGCGCAAGGAACUGAUGGACCUUCAGCCACCUGGAUCGAUGGGCGGCACUUAUGCUGGCAAUGCUGUUGCUUGUGCAGCGGCACUUGGCACACUUGAUGUGUUUGACCAAGAGAAUGUACUGGACAACUGCAACGCGCGAUCUGAGCAGUUCUUUAGCCGAUUGCGCGCCGAAUUGAAACGCGUCUUGCCAACCAGUGUCGAUGUCGAUGUGCGUGGCCUAGGACUAAUGAUUGGCAUUGAGUUUUUCAAUGUUCCACCAGGAUUUGCUGCCAGUGUGGCUCAGGAAGCAUUCAACUUAAAGACAUUGAUAUUGACAACGUCUAUCUAUGAGACCUUGCGACUGAUCCCGCCCCUGACCAUCACAAAGGAGGAAACGGAUUUGGCGGUAGACAGAGUGGUUGCCAGUAUUGAGGCAGCAGCCAAGCGAUUGUAG